AUGAGCGCUCGUAUGCAGGUUCCGCUGUCGCAGCGGCGACACACGAACAUCGCCGUCGUACGGUACUCAAAAAACGGGGUCAAGCUGGAGAUCGCCUGCUACAAAAACAAAGUCAUCUCGUACCGCAGUGGCACAGAGAAUCGCUUGGAUGAAGUACUCCAGGUCGAGCGCAUUUUCGCGAACGUCGCGCGCGGCUAUCUCGCCUCAGAGAAGGAGAUUCAGACUGUUUUUGGGGGUGAUAUGACAGAAUUGGAAGCCAUCAAGUACAUGCUGAACCACGGAGAACUCCAGGUGGCGCAGCAGGAGCGCACAGCGGAGGUGGAUGAAAUGUUCAAGGAUAUUGCCGUCAUCAUUUCGCAGAAGUGCAUCAAUACCAAGACGCAGCGCCCCUUUCCCUCACAGGUGAUAGAACAGGCACUCCGCUCCAUCGGGGCUGCCGUGAAGCUUGAUCAGCCAGUAAAGAAGCAAGCGCUGAGCCUCAUGCACCUCCUCAUUGACUCCAACGUCAUCCCCAUCGCGAGGGCCAACAUGAAGAUCCGUUGCACGACAACAUCCGAGGCGGCGCUCGAGAAACUCCGUGUCUGGUGCCGCGAUAAUGACGCCGAUGUGGAGAAGGUGACAGUGACGAGCAAUGCAAGCGGCAGUGACAAUGGCGGUGUCGGCCACUCUCUGGUGCUACUAAUGCAGCCAAACCUAUUUCGAGACCUCGAUCACUUCAUCAAAGAGGAGCUUCCCUCUGGUAGUACGACCCACAUGGUGGACGCCGUCGUGACUGAGAUCGGUGAUUUGGAUUUUCUGCUCGACGCCAAGACUGUCUCGCGUGCCAACGCGCAGCCAGGACGUGCAGAGGAGACGGCGACCACGAGCGGCUCGAGACGCGCGACAGCAACAGCAUCGUUGCCAUCCGCUGGCGGGGUUAGCGGUGGUCGCACAGACGUGAGCAUAGUCCUCGGCUGGAACGCGGAGAACGCCUCUAGUGAACAGCACCCAAGUUAUGGUGAAGGCCAGGGGGGCCGCCGCGGCAAGAUAAAGAGCACUGCGCGACACAAUCAUCGAGGUCGACGGAACGACGAUAGUGAUGACGAUGAUCUUCUGGACAGCGGGACGGACGGCUCUGCGAAGGGUGGCGUGACUGUUGGCCUAGACAUCGCGGCUGAGUUACAUAAGCUUAACCUGGAUCCCUCACGCAACUUUCAAGACGACAGCGACGAUGACGGGGGCCGCGGGCGCGGUGGCAAGGGCAAGAGGAACAAGAAGAAUGCCAGUGGCACCGGUGGUGUCCCACCGCAGAGCCAAGUCGAUGGGGCCAAGAAGGCCGAUGUCGGUGCCAUAGCGUUGGAUGACAAUGACGAAAGCGACCGAAAGAGAAAGAAGACGAAGAAAAACGCAAAGAAGGGUAAGAAGGUGGCGUCGGCCAAGUCAGUGCCGGAGGUGGAGAAAACCUUCAGUGACAGCGACGAGGAGCUGAUGGGCAACCGCAAGCAGCGCGCCAAGAAGCAGCAGGAGGCGCAUGCGCAGCAGGGCGGCAACGACUGGGAGGAGGAAGACUUUGACUACGGCGAAGAAGAAGAGGUGGGAGAGCAGGUGAACUAG